AUGAGCGCGGCCGCGGCCGAGACGUCCACGCCACCGACGGAGAUUAAGCGUGGACUCGGACUCGGCGCCGCGCGCACGCCUCUGUGGGACGAUCCGUGCGCGACCCCUCGCCUCGACGCGCAGCGCCGACGCCUCUUGGCGGACCUUCGCGCGAGCUUCCCGCUCCAAGCGGACGCGGACGCGUGCAGUGUCGUCCUCCUGUGUGACGAUAUGCGCGUCGACGACAAGGACUGGGCCGCGCUCGUCGUGGCGGAGAAGGACGACCGCGCGUUCUACGUGAAGCCCCUGGACAUGUCCGUCGCGCUCCCUCGGACGCCGCCGAGGGCCUCUGCAAGCUGUAAAGGCGCUGAGACGGCGUCGGAGCCGCGCCCGCUCGUGACGCUCUCCGUGUCCGACUACCCGGUCUGCGCCGUCGAGGGGUGCUGCAUCAUGGAUCGCAUGCGAUUCAGCUCCGCGAUACGCCAAGCGACGGUGGAAGAGCGGCCCGGCGCGAGCGCCUACCCCACGGCGCUGAGACGCGUGUAUCACUUCACGCGAGAAGAAACCGCCGCCGCCGCCGCCGCCGCCGCUGUGGACGAGAAGGACGAGACCGAAGACGAGGACGACGACGGCGUCGUCGUCGAGGAGGGCACGUUCGCGCAUCACAACCACCGGGGUUUGCAUCGCGCGCCCGCGCCGUCGCCGCUUCGACCGAGACGACUCGACGUCGCGGACGCGCCCGCGGCGGCGGCGGCGGCGGCGGCGGCGGCGGCGAACGCAAAGUCGGGAAAGGAGAACGUCGCCGCCGCCGCGUUGGGCGACAUCCCCGAGGAGACCGGCGAGCGGGACGGUCACGAGGACGACGACGCGGCGGCGGAAAGCGGUGCGGACGCGUCGACGCCGUCGUCCGCGCCGUCGAACUGGGCGCACUCGAUGUUCGGAUCCGACGCCGGCGCGUCGAGCGGCGGCGGCGGCGGCGGCGGCGGCGGCGGCGGGUGCCGACGCGCGAGUCCGGUGGAGACGCUGAGACGAGCGCUCAGAGGCGCCCCGGAAGGCGCGGUGCUCCUGUCUCUGCCCAUCGCGGACGUAGAGAUGGUUCUGAACGAGGUCGAAGAGCUGCGACGACGGGUAGCGUGA